AUGUCUUAUUACCCGCCAUACCAAGGCGGCCAGGGAGGCUAUCCCCCGCCCCAGCAAUCGUACCCCCCGCAGCAACAGUAUCCUCCGAUGAACCAUCAGCAGCAGCCCUCCUAUGGCGGCGGUGGCGGUGGCUACCCCGGCCAGUCCUAUCACCAACAGGCGCCCGCCCCCUCCAACCCCUACGGAUAUAGCCAUUCGUCGCAGCCGCCGCAACAAUACGGUUCGCCCGCCCCGCAGCAUGGAUACAAUGUACGUUCGCACCUCGAUGGAGACGCGUUUCGCAUCGCACCAUACUAUGAUGGAACAGAAAUCGUUGACAUGGAUCUCUGGCCAGCCGAUGUACCAGCAGGGUCGCCCUCCAGGUUCGCAUAUCACCCCAUUACGCUACGCCCUUCUCCUAUCCGACAUGCGCUGACAUUCAGUUUCAUAGCGAACAACUAUCCCCAAGGUGGUGGUGGUGGCCGCCCAUCUGCUCCUCCCAGUAAUCCGGUGGCGUUCGGACACGGUGCGCCGCAAGGCUAUAGCUUUCAAUACUCGCGCUGUACCGGCAAGAGAAAGGCACUGUUGAUUGGAAUUAACUACUUCAGCCAGAAGGGCCAAUUGCGAGGAUGUAUUAACGAUGUUAAGAACAUGUCGACAUACCUCAACCAGAACUUCGGAUAUGCCCGUGAAGAUAUGGUCCUCCUCACGGAUGACCAGCAGAACCCUAUGAGCCAACCAACCAAGGCGAACAUCCUUCGCGCCAUGCACUGGCUGGUGAAGGAUGCGCAGCCUAACGACUCACUCUUCUUCCACUACUCCGGUCACGGUGGUCAGACACCAGAUCUCGACGGUGAUGAAGAUGAUGGAUAUGAUGAAGUGAUCUACCCAGUGGACUUCCGAGUUGCCGGCCAUAUCGUCGACGAUGAGAUGCACCGCAUUAUGGUCCAGUCAUUGCGCCCUGGUGUGCGCCUUACAGCCAUCUUCGAUUCCUGCCACUCUGGCUCUGCCAUGGAUCUGCCCUACGUCUACUCCACGUCUGGUAUCCUUAAGGAGCCCAAUCUGGCCAAAGAAGCCGGCCAGGGUCUGCUGGGUGUCGUGUCGGCGUACGCUCGUGGUGAUAUGGGUGGUAUGAUGUCGACUGCCAUGGGCUUCAUUAAGAAGGCCACCAAAGGUGACGACGUGUACGAGCGCAACCUCAAGACCAAGACCAGCCCUGCAGAUGUGAUCAUGUGGUCCGGCAGUAAGGACGACCAAACCAGUCAGGAUGCCCAGAUUGCCGGCCAAGCCACCGGUGCCAUGUCGUGGGCUUUCAUCGCCGCUCUCCGCAAGAACCCCCAGCAGAGUUAUGUCCAGCUGCUGAACAGCAUUCGCGAGGAGCUUUCUGCCAAGUAUUCCCAAAAGCCGCAGCUGAGCUGCAGCCAUCCUCUGGACACAAACCUCCUUUAUGUGAUGUAA